AUGAGUCGGUUUGCUGGUAUAGAGAAAAGCCCCCUUCCAACCCUCUAUGAAGCAUACCAGCAUCUGCAGUAUGGAGAAUACUCGCGGUGUGCUGCCUCCACCGAAGAUAUGCUGAGAACUGACAGGACGAACCAGCAGGCCUUUCUUCUCCGGCUCCAAUGCGCCAUAGAGGCCUCGUAUUUAGACGAGACAGAGCUAGAUACUAUAGGCUUGAUGGAUGCAACCAGAAACAUGUCCUUCCAGAUGCCUGGGGGCACCGGCUUACAGCAGCCGCAACAGCAUCCAAAAGAGAAUGAGUUAGAGAAGAAUAACUUUACACAUCCAUAUUUAUCACCAGUAUCGGCAUCAACAAGACAGAUUGAAGUGGGGUUCGUAAGGCCAGCAACUAAUGCGGCAGGAAAGCCUCUUACCCGGGGCACAUCCAGGCUUAUGUCGAGCUCUCGCACAGGGUCACGUAUGGGAAGUAGAGCUGGAAGCAGGGCAGGAAGUCGAGCAAGCAGUCGAACGGGAAGCCGCUCCUCCACGGCGACUAUUGCUGCAGCUGUUGUCAGAGGCUUCGCCGGAAACGUGCUUAGUUCUCACUUGGAGUUGAGAACUGGGUCUUUGUGCAAUCUUCUUCAAGAGUUUCCUGUCGAUUUCAUAGCCCAUGGAAACUACACCCGUCUCCUCAUUGCAUAUAUGACGCGGAUGCGUCCAACAAAAUUAGACUAUCUUCUAUUGACAGAAGACAGCGCGGCCUCCAGGUCAGCACUCGGGGAUAAAGAUGUCAAUAUUCCACCCGAAUACAUUGACGCCACACCGAUGCCUCGACAUGCGUUGUUCUUUUUGUCGAAAAUCAAUCCAUCCGAUUGUUCAGAUUGGUUCUACAGCGAUCGGAAGGGAAGAAUCUACUAUUCUAUGGGAUGCUACAAUGAUUCCGAAAAACACCUUCGAAACGCAUUGAAGGAGUCUCCCAGGAUCGACACGUAUUUAAAGCUGGCCAGUACACUGGUAGCAAGGGGACAUAUCAACUCGGGCAUUUUGGUCCUUCGUGAGUGUGCGGAGCGGUUUCAGACCAGUGCAGUUCCUCAUUUGGCAAUGGCAAGGCUUUACGAGCUUAUCCAGAACUAUGAGCGAUGUGCAUAUUCAUAUGCAGACGCUCUAGAAAGGAACCCGUCCAGCGUCGAGGCCUUAGCCAGUCUGGCGUCCCUAUUAGUGCAAGGAGUUGGACUGGGUGCUAAGGCUUUAGGUAAGAAGGUACUGCACACACUUGAGUCUCCAUCUACCGCACUGAUCCUCUACAAACGCGUUCUCCUCUUUGUUCCAGCCGAUCCAGCCAUCUGGAACAACCUAGGCGUCUGUCAUAUAGAAAAGCAUCAGUAUCACGAUGCAUUUAUUCAUCUGCUAACUGCGUUGAACAGACUAGAGACUGCUCAGCGAGAGCUUAGCUUUUCUGACGACAGAAUUGUAAGGAUGCGCAGCGACAUUUGGUUCAACAUUGGUAUCUGCUUUUUACAUCUGUCCGAUAUGGGUGCAGCCAAGAACUGCUUCACUAUUGUUUCCAAAAUAGACUGUACCCAUGUCGAAGCACUGGUCAAUCUUGCUGUUUUGCUGGUGAUCAGUGCGCAGGGCAGCACUCAAGGUGAAGACAUCCAUGCUGCAUACACAAAGGCCCUAUUCUUGCUGAAUCACGCACUCGAUAUUAAUCCACUCCACGGUGAUGCACUGUACAACAGGAUGAUCAUAUAUCGACGGGUAGGAAACAUUGAAAAGGCCCUCGUAGAUGCAACGCUCGUUUCCCCAGAUAUUGCCUUUGAAAUGGAAAGGGAGCUUUGUUGA